ACUGAAACUAUGAAGAAGAUGAAAUACAAUGACCUGACUUCCAAGCAAUUACGUCUAGUAAUCAUAGAUAACUAACUUGAAUGUCACGGGAAAAGUCCUUUUUUACUUUCCCUAUCAUCUCUUAUAAAACUGGCUAUUGAUUUUGUGUCUAUAUACUUACUCUAAAAAGUAAAAAAGAUAGAAUAUAGUUACAUUUUUAUAAAAUAUAUUUUAUUUUAUCUUUAUUUCUUUUUUGAGUGAACUAAUUUGUAAGAGAUAGCUAUCCAUCAUAAACCAAAAAGAAGUAGAAAAAAGUUUUUUUCAUGCGAUAAAAAAAAGACAGUAGAAGAGAAGCGAGAAAUUUGCUCGAUACAUCUUCUUUUCUGGGAAUACAAAUGUUUUCCGAAUGCAUUUCAAACACAACAUAUAGAAAAGAGUUCAAUCAUUUAUGUUUACUCGCAUAUAUCUCUGCCAAUAUUAAAUCAGAUAUACAUUUUUCAACAUAAAUAGUAAAAAGAUUACUACCGCGUCCAAAACAUCAUGAUAACUUUGAGAAAAUCGGGUACAGACAAGAAAACUAGACCUAUCAAAUUUUGCAUACACACUUCAAACGAAGAAAGUGAUGUGCGUUAAGUUUUAUUUGGCUCACAAGAAAAUAAUUGAAUUUUAUCUUUUGACUAAAAACUAUUUUUUUCAAACUAGAAUAAGUACAUUUAUCUCAAAAAGCAGAUCGACGAAUAGUGUGUACUUUGAAAAGACAAGUGUAUGUCCUCAAAUUUGUGUACAAUGUAAAAAAAAUGUUCUCUUAGUGUGCCAAAAGUAGAAUGAAAACAAUUUAUUCGAUGAGAAACGUGUUCAAGUGUCGUAGUUAGGACACAUUUUGCGUCAUUUAUUGCGUUAUAAUAAUCAGUAUUCUAUUAUUUUAAAAUAUCCGAUCGAUUUGAUAUUAAAAAUAUUAAUGUUAACAUUAAACAGUUUUUAUGAUGCAUUACAGCAUGAAUUUGCCGACAAUUCAAAUAUUGAAGUUAUCCCGAUUGAUCUAAAAUGGAAAAUAUGUUGCUCUGAUGGCGUGCAUUCCAAUCGUCCUGGAACAUGUUUAAUCACACAAAAACUCAUUGAAACAAUUAAUAACAAUCGCAACUAUUAUAAUAAUAAUAAAUUAAACAAUCGCAAACAACAUUGA